UCGAGGAGGAAACACGAAACGUAGAAACGAUGCGGAAUUCGUGGAACGGUCCCCUCUCGGUGGAAGUAUCGGGGCCCGUUCUGCGACGUGGAACAGAUGGCAGCACCAUCCAGAUGGUGAAAGUCCCCCCGACGAAGAGGAAGGAGUGGUGGUGCACAUAUAGAGGGGCGAGAGGGCGCGGCUUGUCCAGACGCUCUUUGUCCCGACGACGACGAUGACGGCGACGACGACGUUCACCAUGUCGCCAAAGUACCUGUUUCUGCUUGGAUCACUGUUUCUGCUUGCCGGAACUGUGGUCAGAGCGCAAGACGACGAGGGUGGCGAUGGACUCGACGCGAACGCUGAGGAAUUGUGCCAGGACAGGCCUGGGGACGAGUACUUCCGGUUGAGCGUCGAAGGAGACUGUCGCGACGUCGUAAGAUGCGACAAAGCGACGGAGAUCGGCGUGACCAGGUUGGCCACAGUGCGAUGCCCGACGGGCCUGGCGUUCGACAUCGAGAGGCAGACGUGCGACUGGAAGACCAACGUGAAGAACUGCGACCAGCUCGAGAAGCCACGUAAGGUCUUGCCCAUCCUGAGGACCGACGAACCGGUCUGCCCCGAAGGGAAACUAUCGUGCGGUAACGGCGAAUGCGUCGACAAGGAGCUCUUCUGCAACGGUAAACCGGACUGCAAGGACGAAUCCGACGAGAAUGCAUGCACCGUGGAGACUGACCCUAACCGCGCGCCGGAUUGCGACCCCACCCAAUGCGCCCUCCCAGACUGCUACUGUUCCGCGGACGGUACCAGGAUCCCCGGGAACAUCGAGCCCUCCCAGGUGCCCCAGAUGAUCACGAUCACCUUCAACGGGGCCGUGAACGUCGACAACAUCGACCUCUACGAGGACAUCUUCAACGGUCAACGUCAGAACCCGAACGGUUGCCAGAUCAGGGGCACCUUCUUCGUCUCCCACAAGUACACCAACUACUCGGCGGUCCAGGAUCUACAUCGACGCGGUCACGAGAUCUCCGUGUUCUCCCUGACCCACAAGGACGAUCCCCAGUACUGGACCCAGGGCAGCUACGACGACUGGCUGGCGGAGAUGGCUGGCGCCAGACUGAUCAUCGAGAGGUUCGCCAACAUCACCGACGGUUCCAUCAUCGGUAUGAGGGCACCUUAUCUGCGUGUCGGCGGUAACAAGCAGUUCGAGAUGAUGGCCGACCAGUUCUUCGUCUACGACGCGUCCAUCACCGCGUCUCUGGGCCGUGUGCCCAUCUGGCCGUACACUCUGUACUUCAGGAUGCCACACAAGUGCAACGGCAAUGGCGGUAACUGCCCGUCCAGGUCGCAUCCGGUCUGGGAGAUGGUGAUGAACGAGCUGGACAGAAGGGACGACCCGACCUUCGACGAGUCCCUACCCGGUUGCCACAUGGUGGACUCCUGUUCCAACAUACAGUCCGGCGAGCAGUUCGGCAGGCUGCUCAGGCACAACUUCAACAGGCAUUUCAACAGCAACAGGGCGCCGCUUGGUCUCCACUUCCACGCGUCCUGGUUGAAGAGCAAGAAGGAGUACAGGGAGGAGCUCAUCAAGUUCAUCGAGGAAAUGCUGGCCAGGAGCGACGUGUACUUCGUCACCAUGGUCCAGGUUAUUAAGUGGAUGCAGACGCCCACCGAGCUGUCAGCUUUGAGAGACUUCCAGGAUUGGAAGGAGACCUGCGACGAGAAGGGACAACCGUACUGCUCCCUACCAAACGCCUGUCCGUUGACCACCAGGGAACUUCCGGGGGAAACCCUUCGUCUGUUCACCUGCAUGGAGUGCCCCAAUUAUUAUCCGUGGCUGCUCGACCCGACCGGGGACGGUUUCACCGCGAACAAAUGAGCGAUCGCGCCCGCGAAUAAUCGAUCGAUCGAGUGGCGCGCGGCUUCGAUGAAACGCACGACUGAUCGAGGUCGGUAUUCCUGAAGGGGAACGCGCGGGAAACGUCACGCGAACUUCCCCAUUCGAAUCUCCGGUCGAAUCCUGA